CAACUUUCCUGCCUUUCUUCCUUCCUCCUUCCUACCCGGACUAAAGUCGACUCAUCCCCCCGCGCUCAAAUUCCAUUCGCCACCCGAUGCCUCACCGACGCGAUGACGGACCGACAGUCAACACCAACGUCUCCCAUAUCAGCAUCUCCAAAGUUCUCGCACGCCCAGGCCAUACAUGACUUUGAUCCCUCUCUCCUUGCUUCCACCUCCUCUUCAAACUCAAAUCUGUACCUUAGCUUCAAGGCCGGAGAAAUUAUCAGAGUCCAUGUACGCGAUCCGACCGGUUGGUGGGACGGAGAAAUUACGAGUAAGGUCGCUGCCGACAAUGACGGGAGAACACUAAGAAGAGGAUGGUUUCCGAGCAACUACAUAAGGGAAAUCGAGUGGGACCCUACGCACAGGCGAUCCGAAUCGAGCAUGUCCGUAACGAGUCCCAAAUCGCCAUACAAGGGUACCCAUUCUCGGCACGGUUCCGUCGCUUCUCAUCAAUCUAAUGCUUCCAGCUCUUCCAUCUCCCAGAUUCUCACUUCCCCUCGUACGGACAUUGCACCCCUACCAGCAGCUUUCCAAAUCCUCAUACAACCUAUUGUCCAAUCGCUGUCUCUGCUGGACACGGCUAUACACAACAACCGCAAGUCACAUAUCCAACCAUCUACGGCCUGUGUUAUCUCCGCUAUCAGAGCAGCACUGUCCCAAACAGACUGCUUGAGCAAAGAAUCGCGAACGCUGAUGUCAUGGCCGGUCUUGGCCAAGGAACGAAAAGUAGUGCUUGUAGAGCUGUCUAGGCUAGUAGGAUGUGCACGCACUGCAAGUGGGAUGACGGAGUCGGCGGGUGAUUCUAGCCCUGGAGGAGAGAUGGAAGACAUGGAAGAACUCGCCAAAUCCGCCCGAGGUGUUUUUCAAAGUGUCAAACGGUUCCUCAACCUUGCACAUCAAUGCGGUGUUCAAGUAACCCUAGACACACAGAACGAAGGUGUGCCCAUGUCCGUGUCAUCGUCUUCAUCAAGUGAGAUCGCCUCAGUGUCGGCUCUAGUCAAUGCUCCCGCCAAAUCCAGAGCAUCACCGGGGAGCAAUGCUCGUCUUCAAGAGACGUUUCAAAAACGUGUCGCGAGUAUCGGCGAUUUACGCGCAGCCAAACAACGUUCGGAAAGUCCACCUCCCCUCCCGACUGGCUCUUCGCAAUCAUCAAAACACGCCCACACCCGAACUGCGUCCAAGGCUAACACCCCCAUUUCUGCAUCCUUUUCAGAUGUCUCCUCCCCUAUAUCUUCCCGACCAUUCGAACAUCGGAUCCAGGGCAGUAUGGAUAGUGUCUUUAGCCACGGUAGCACGGCUACUUCUGAAGAUACGCAUUCCCCAUGGGAAGAUCGGACAUCUGUUUCUACCGCUGCCGUACAACCGUCAACGCCCUGUGGCAACUCUAUCGCUGACAUUCAUUUGCGCAUCUCAUACGCUGAAGAUACCCUUCUCUCCAUCAUUGCCGCCUUCAUCGGCCAUAUCCAUUCUCAUCACAUCCACUCACACCCUUCUUCCCAUUCUACGCUGAUUGAAAUGACCCGUGAGACCAUCGAUGCCGUCCGCACUCUCCUCACCGCAGUCGAAACAGUCGGUCGUAACACAUGUAUCCGGUCCAAGCGGCCCAAGGAAAUUGAAAGUCUUCGUGUCGCCAAAGAUCGCCUUUACGAUGUUGCAGGACGGUUAGUGGAGAGUGCAGAGAUCGUAGCAAAUGCGCCGUUUGAAGAAGUGGUGGAGGAAGGGUACGAAAAGGAAAAGGCCGGAUUGUUGGGUGCGGCCACAGGGACUCUGAGAGCCGGAACAGAGUGUGUGCGACUAGUAAGGAUAUGCGUACCGGAAGAUGAGACUAUCCACUUCAACGAUACCCCUAAACAAAGUGCCCCAACCGCCUCUGGUGGUAGACAGCAGCUUACCCCAAGAAUAAAUUUCGAUAACCCCGUCAUGGAAAGAGAUAGAACUGUUGGCGUCAGAGGUCCACAUACAUUGUCCAGUUUGCAUCGAAAAGCGACAAGUCUGGAUCAUCUGCAAAAGAGGUUUAUGGAAGAUGGAGGGAUGGUUCAGGGGCGAUUUUACGGUGCACUGCAAAAUGAAUCUAGACAAGAGGACGAAGAAGAGGAAGAGGAAGUUAUCGAUGAGAAGGAGGAAGAUAUGACAGCGCGACCUUCUCAGGGCGUCACGUUCCCUCCAAGCCCCGAUCCCUCCUCUCAAGAAGUCCAACUGUACCCCACUCCCCGUCCCCGUCGUCCGUCUGGCGAGCUCCUCCGUGGCUUCUCCGAAACAGGCCGUCGCGGUCCCAGAGUUCGUUCAACGAGUCUCUCAACUUCGCCUACCCCCCGCAUCGGGCAUAUGGGUCACCGUUCACCUUCCAAAUCUGCGGAUUUGGACAAGUUUACAAGCGGUGAGGAUCUCAAGCUCGGUACGGAUGCGAAGCCCAGAGAAGCUGGGGAGGCCAAGGAUAGAUGGGAAGCAAGUGGGAAUGUGACGGCGGCCUCGAGCCGAUUAUCGAUGUUCACUUCGGUCUCUUCUUUACCCUCUCUCACCCAUACAGACUCCUCUGCCAAGUCUGCUUCCGAAAAUGGUGAUCAGAGUACGCCUGUAAAGAACCGAAAGUCGCCUCAUGAAUCAUUACGAGUCGUUAUCCCUAAGGGUAUAUCCAAUCAAAUGUCAGAGCUAUCACUUCAGAAUCCUGCCGAGGAGUCUGUUUCUACUGCUGGUUCGAGUACAACUCUGAAAACAUUAACUUCCCGCCCACCUGUCCUCCGUACUCAAACAUCCCCGAUGCCAGUACCUGUGGGCGAUAUCUCUUACCUCAUUCGAUCUCCUACGUACUCGCCUGCCGAUAUCACAUAUAAUCCCGAUGGAAAUAUGGUGGGCGCCUCAUUGGCGGUAUUGGUAGAGAAGAUGACACCGCACGAUGGACCUGUCGAUUCUAGCUUCAGCGCCACCUUUUUCUACACCUUUAGGUUAUUCACCACUCCCGUGGAUCUGUUGGAGGCUGUACAAGAACGAUGGUUCAUCUCCCCUCCCGAAGAACUAUUGUUGAGUGAAAAGGACGAAGCUGUCUGGAGGGAGGCCAAGGUCUUACCGAUCCGCAUAAGGAUCUUCAACUUCCUCCGUACAUGGCUUGAAUUUCACUGGCAGCCCGAGGUGGAUAAUGUCAUCCUCAAUGACUUGGAAAAGUUUGGAAGGGAAGAAAUGGCUGGUAGUCUGCCGGUGAUGGGUGAACGCUUAAUCAACCUGGUGCAGAGGAAGAAGGACGGUGGAGAGGAUGAGAAGAGGAAGAGGGAAUCUAUGAAUGGUCCAACUUCGGCUAGCUCAGCUACUCUCCAUCCACCUGCCGUCAGCGGUCUCCCACCUACCCCCAUCAUCUCCAAGAACCUCCAUUCGCUCCUAAAAAAAUCGACAGCCGCGUCCUCUUCCUCCUCUUCGUCUUCUACCCAUAUCCAUAUCACCGAAUUCGACACGCUUGAGCUCGCCCGUCAGUUAACGAUCAUCGUCUCCAAGAUGUUCCGCCAACUCGAGCCUGAAGAAUUGUUGAUGACAGGGAAAAAGACGGUACCAGAGCUGAAAGCGUUGAGCACGCAUUCAAAUCAGGUGACAGGCUGGGUGGCGGAUAGUAUUUUGAAUGAGGGAGAUGCGAAGCGAAGAGCGGGGUUGUUGAAGUUUUUCAUCAAGCUGGCUGAUAAAUGCCUGUUGAUCAACAAUUUUUUUACGAUGUUUGCGGUGCUUGGAGGGCUGAAUAGCAGUACUAUUCUGAGGUUGAAAAAAACUUGGGAUGCUUUGUCGGUAAAGUAUAAGAUCUUGAUUGAAAGGUUACGUGGAAUCAUCGAGCAUACCAAGAAUCAUGCAGCCUACCGCGCUCGUUUGAGGCAAGCUCCGACUCCUUGUUUGCCUUUCCUAGGUCUCAUCCUCACAGAUAUCACCUUCACUUCGGACGGUAAUCCUACCACCCGACCAAGCAACUCGGCGCCGGAUCUGAUGCUCAUCAAUUACGACAAGUUCGCCAAACUGGGAAAGAUUGCGAUAGAGUUUAGAAGGUAUCAAGAGCCGUUCAAUUUCCACGAGCUUGAAGCUGUACAAACGUUUUUGCAUACUGUACUUACAGAGAGAGGGAGCGGUUCUAUCGAUGCUUUAUACCGCAAGAGCUUAAUGCUCGAACCAAGGCAGGGUUCCGAAAAAUUACGUUCCAAUGUCGAAAAACCAAAUUGGUUAAUGGUUAAGAUCUAAUCAAAUCUAAUUAAAUCAUCUUUACAUUUACAUUCUGUCUUCCAUCUCAUCAUCGUUCGCAUCCACAAACCUGUACAUGUUGCUCUACUGUAGUUUCUAUCAUAGUAUACGCCCUAUUGGAUACCUAUUCUGCCUACUUUUCUACGACACACCUGUACUUAGUUUUUAUCUACUGCAUUACACGCACUCGUUGCACUGACAAAUACAUAAUUCUGCCGCCGUGCGAGCUCAUCUUUAUGGUUUAGUUUUAUGAUGAAAUGCAAUAUAAAAGUAGAGGGAAAUGUUAAUGUUA